AGAGGUGAGAAUCACGUGCCAGUAACAGAACGUAAACAAGAUGGAGAGAGUAGCAUCCCUGCUGCUGGCGGUCUUGCUAAUAUCAGCUGUUAAAUGCAGCAUACUAGACAAUGAGAUUGAGCAAUUUAUUAAGGGUGCUACAACGGGAAAACACUGGGCAUUAAUCGUAGCAGGAUCGAGUGGUUGGUUCAACUACAGGCACCAGGCAGAUGUUUGCCAUGCUUACCAUGUUCUCCACAGCCAUGGAAUUCCAGAUGAGAGAAUUGUUGUCAUGAUGUACGAUGAUAUCGCUCAAAAUAGAAGAAAUCCCACCCCAGGCAAAAUUAUCAACAGACCAAAUGGUCCAGAUGUGUACAAAGGGGUGCCCAAGGACUAUAUAGGAAAGACAGUGACUCCAGAAAACUUCCUGAGUGUAUUGCAAGGUAACAAGAAGGCUCUCGGCAAUCUGGGCAGUGGGAAGGUGAUUAACAGUGGGCCCAAUGACCACAUAUUUGUCAAUUUUGUGGACCAUGGUGGACCAGGGGUGCUGGCAUUUCCUCGUGGGGAGCUUCAUGCCAAAGCUUUGAACAAAGCUUUGAAAGACAUGUAUGAUAAAAAGAAAUUUGCAAAGAUGGUGCUGUACAUAGAAGCUUGUGAAUCUGGGUCAAUGGUGGCUAACCUCCUGCCAAAGAAUAUUAAUGUGUAUGCAACUACUGCUUCCAACCCCAAGGAAUCCUCCUAUGCCUGUUUUUAUGACAAGGAAAGAGAGACAUACUUGGGGGAUGUCUACAGUGUCAAAUGGAUGGAAGAUUCUGAUAAAGAAAAUCUCCAAAAAGAAACCCUUAAGAAGCAAUUUCGUAUUGUGAAAGAAGAAACAAACACGAGUCAUGUUAUGGAAUAUGGAGAUCUGUCUAUAGCGGAAUCAACUGUGGCAGAGUUCCAGGGAGGCAAGGCAACGCCACCUAAGGAGUAUCCCCCAGUCCCUCUGGACGCAGUGCCUUCCCCUGAUGUUCCCAUGGCUAUUCUGUACCACAGACUGGAGGCUGCCAAAACUGAGGAACAGAGAGAAGAAAUUAGACAAGAGAUGGAAAAAAUACAACUAAAUAAGGAUAAAGUCAUGAUAACUAUGAAACACAUAGCAGGUUAUGCAACUAAAGAUCAUGUUCAGGCGGCCAGAGUCCUGCAGUCACAACUUCCUUUAAUCAAACACGACUGCUAUGAACCUGUGGCAAGACAUUUCCUCAGUGAAUGCUUCAAAGUCAGUGAGAAUGAAUAUGCCCUACGCCACCUUUACGUCCUAGUAAACCUUUGCCAGGAAAAUGUACCACAAGAAACUAUCAUAAGUGCCAUGGAGAAAGCAUGCAAGAAGGUGGAGUUACCAGAUCUUCAUGCUUUUCAUUUAAUUGGAUUUUUUGUCUCUAUGUUAAAUUUUGAGUAUUUUAUAAUAUGUGCAUUUUUAAUCAACUUCAUAUCUGUUUCACUUAUGGCUAUAUUUUUAUCCAAAGGACUGAUAGUUUUAUGGCAAAUCCCCAGAUAGUAUACCACAAUUUUAAAUUGCAUUUAUUGUUCAAACAUUAAUUCUCAUUGCAUUUUUAGACACAGAGCAGUUUAGUUAAUUCCUUCGUGAACAGUUUUAUUAGUGAACUGAAUAAAAGCAACAAUGUGACUCAUUUUUAGUGAUUUUACAAUGGCCUUUAAGAUGCGUACAGUGCACUGCAGUAUAUUGAGCACAUGCAUUUAUCAGGAUCUGUUAUUAGAAAUCCAGUAGUUUUUAAGACAUCAAUUUGUACAGCUCUUUGCUCUGUAAUCAUUCCAUUGUUCCAAGACCAGAUCUGACCCCUCUUUGGUUUAACAAAAGUGUUCCAUAAAGAUUCGCUGUACAUCUAAGUGAUUGUUUUUUUGUGAAAUAGGGGGGAGGGUAUUUAAUUUGGCUGUUUAUUAGACACAUUUAUUUCCCACUAAUCAAUUUUAACAUUAUAUUCCAGAGUUAGAUCUGAAACAAUUUGUUUAACACGAGUGUUCUGUAAUAAAGUUCUGGAUGUGUAAGAAUUUUUUUAAAUUUUAUUUUGUAAUCAAGUUUGAUUCAUUGUGUCAUCAUGUUUAUAUCAAGUGAAAUAGUUUUUCAUGUUAACAGGACUUUGUCAUUCCUCAUGUCAUAUCCGAGAAUACUAAAACAGAAGUAUACUGUGCAUGAUUAAAUUUGAUGGCUGUGAUUAAAAUUUAGGCAAUUUUACUAUUUAUAUAUGGAUGGUUACUAAUUAGAUGGAAAUAAAUUAUUUAUAAUAAGUAA